AUGGCAUCCACAUCAAUAACGAACAAUGUUCCAUCUUUGCCUAAUCCUAAUUUUGAAAUAUUUGAUGGAAAAGACUUUUCUAGAUGGAGUGGAAAGAUGGAAUUCUUUUUAAGACGAUUAAAGUUAGCGUAUGUUCUUGAGAAACCUUGUCCUGAGGCUCCUAGUUCUGUGGUAGCAACGGACGAGGCUACUUUAAUUAAAGAACAAAUUGCCAAAUGGCAAGAUGAUGAUUACUUAUUCAAGAAUUAUAUUCUUGGAGGAAUUUUCAAUAAAUAUUAUGAUCAAUAUUAUAUUAAGUGUAAAUUUGCUAAGGAGAUUUGGGAUACUCUUAAAACUAUUCAUUUAGUAGAAGAGGCGAGUUCAAAGAAAUUUUUUGUUUCAAAUUAUAUGGAGUUCAAAAUGGUUGAUGACAAGUCAAUCACUGAACAAGUACAAGAAUUUCAACUUAUAGCUAAUAAAAUUGUUAUAACUAGAAUUGCUCUUGAUGAAAACUUUCAAGUUGGUGCGAUUGUCUCAAAACUUCCUCCAUCUUGGAAAGAGUACAGAAGCAAACUCUUAUACAAGAAGGAAGAUUUGACUCUUGAACAAUUAUUGCAACACUUGCAAAUUGAAUAA